GUACAAACACAUCACCAGUGAAAAACCUUAGAUGCAAAUUUAUGUUGAGGAGUGUGUGUGUGUGUGUGUGUGUGUGUGUGAGAGAGAGAGAGAGAGAGACAGAGAGAGAGAGAGAGAGAGAGAGAGAUCAGAUUAUUUUGUCUCUAGUCUGCCUCCAAUAUUGUCUUUCAAAAUUCAGAUGGCAAACACAUGUACAUAUACACAUGCACGCAUGCACACGCACACUUCAAACUAAUAAAGUCCUGAGCAGCAAGGACACACACUUGUAGCUGAACAUAUUGAGACCAAUGUAAAUGGGUAAAGCAGCACGUAGCCAGGAGAUCGUCUAGGUUACCGUCUCUUAGCAACAGACAGACAUUCACCUCCAGUCUGCUGGUUGCCAGGAGUAACGGUGAUGUUUGGAGCCAUUCUGUAUUUGAGCUUGGAGGAGAGAAGAACCGACGGAGUCUGACACACACAGUGAUCGGAUUUGCUCUGAUCAAACACAUGAUUCUUGCACAUCUGGACUGCGGAAAGUCCUGGAACCUUUCCUCGGUGUCCUUGAACAAUCAUUCACUGAAAACUGAAAACCUCCAAAAAACUUAACUGUUUUCUUUGUUGCUGUGACAUUACCCACAAUGCACACGCCAGCUUCGAUAGUGACUGGCAUUGUCUUCUCUCCCUUGGGACUGGUGCUGGUGUUCACGGCAGCCAUCACACCUCAGUGGCGGGAAGGCCAGGCUCGUCUGGGGAGGGUUGGGACUGGUGUAGGCGAAGCCAAGGGCAUUGAGCUUCUGCUCCUUCGCUCCGAUGGACUAUGGGAGAGCUGCCUGCAGGUGGUGCACUCCGAAUUGCGUGAGUGCUGGCCUGUAUCUGGACCAUACCAACAUGAUUCACGUGUCCGUGCCACUCGGGGACUUGUGCUCUUGUCUCUGUUCCUGUGUGGCUCGGGGAUUGUGCUUGCCAGUGUCGGUGCCCGCUGUUGGACGGACACACCACUCAGAAAUGUAGCAGGAGCUGGAGGAUUGCUGGUGGCACUUGCGGGUGUGAUCAGCCUCGCAGCGCUGAGCAUCUAUACUCAUCACUUGCCCAAACUGGGGGUGGAGCUCGUAUCAAACAUGUCUGACUUUCAAGGGCUUGACUUGCGCAAGUUGCCCAGUCUGACCCUGCGCCCGGCUGGUUCGCUGUAUUUUGGGUGGGUUGGUGCAUGGGUGCAGGUGCUCGGAGGGCUGGCACUGCUGUUUGGACUUGGACGACCGCGAUGUCCGGUUCGCACCAAACAGGUACAGAGGGAGAUUGUGAUGAAGGCUUACGAUGUCAGCUGCUAGACAAAGCUUGUUUAUGAAAAGAGGAGGAAUAAAAGGACAGUCAGGACUCUAUUCAUCAACACUGCUGUAACUGCUUGGAUCAUCAUAAAGAAGGUUAACACCAACUGCUUAAUUGAUAUACCCUGUUCUGGCACCAUUAUCUGUGGUGCAGCAGGUAAUGUUGCUGUCUCAAAUCUUGAGGGUCCCUGGUUUGAAGCUGAACUCAGGUUACUGUCUGUGUGGAGUUCUGCAUGUUCCCUCCAAGCUCAUGUGGGUUUCAUCCGGAUUCUCCGGCUUCCCAAAAACAUGCAGGUAGGAGGAUUGGCUAUGCUAAAUUGCCCCUGUGUGUCAAAGAGAGUGUGAAUGUGUAUACUAUGGACUGGCAUUCCAUCUGGGGUGAAUUCUCUCACUCUGCACUCAGUGCUCCCACCAUGACCCUGACCAGGAUAAUACACUUACUGAAAGUGAAUGAAGAAAUGAAUGGUUUAAUGUGGAUCUAACAAAACAACCAAAUGAGUACUGCUGUGUGGGUUGCCACUGCAUUUCAGAGUCAGGAGCCCAUGGUACCUGUUUUGCUCCAUAUAGCUAGGCAGUGUUGGGUGUGUAAGCAGAGAAUAAACACAUCUCUUCACAAAGAGACUCUUUUGGACUCCCCUUGCCUCCUGAACUGGCUUGUUUUUACUGACAAAGCUGGUUUUUGUGGCUUAAUCCCAUUCACCUGAUCAAAAUUCAGAUGAUAACUUUUGAAAAAUAGAUCAGGGUUGGAAUGUAUAAAGCUGUGCAAAAGUGGGCCAAAAUUCACACAAAUCAGGAACUACUCAUAUUAAUAGUCAUAUAAACAAGAGCAAUGGAUAAAAAUGUUAAUUUUUAGAGUACUCUAAACUCCCAGACUAUUUGAAAGGGUUUCAGAAGUCGAAAUAAAUGGACAAAGGAGCAAAGGAGAUGUUCAUAGAACAAGGCAGUGUCCACACCAGACAUAAUGUACGAGAUCUGUUUAAUGAUGGCGAGCUUAUUAAAAGGAUCCCAUUUGUGAGGGCUUCCUAUUGAUCACAGAUUUAAUUAGAGAUAAAAUAUUACCGGCAACACAACAAGAUAAUGCAAUAGAAAUGAAGGUCGUCGUGACUUCCUGACAACAGAGAAAACAAUGGAAUAUUGGACACAAUGUAAAUUGAUACGAAUGUAAUACAUAAAUAUUCUGCUUUGCAUUUAUGCACACGCAAAUCACACAACAUAACCUAUAUUAACCUAUAACCUAUAACCUUCAUGAGCCUGUUUGGGGUCCUUGAAAUGAUCUCCCCUUUAUGGUCUCCCCUGGAAUUGGGUCCGGUCCUAUCCUUGUUAGUUUGGAUCUAAAUCUGCCCCAUUAUUAUUUUCUUUUUCAACUCCAUCAGUCAAUUAAUCAAUCAAUCAAUUCAUCAUUCCACAAGCUGAAUCUCCAACAGACCCAUUGAGCAUCAGCUAGAUAUCAUGGGUGAGGGAAUUCAACAGUUCCUUUGCUCCUCUGGCUCUCAAACCUGUGAUCUCCCAGCGAUAGGACGAUCGUUUUCAGUUGCGCCACUCUGGGGCCUAUGGUGGUUAUUUUUUAAUAAGGUGUGGCCACAAAUUAAUAUAUUGAGUCCACAAAUUAUUAUAUUAAGGACAUGAGUUAAAUUUCUCAAAAUCUAUUUUGUGGCCAUGAAAUACUUAAAAAAAAGAUGGCAACCUUUGUAUAUUAAAAUGAGCGAGACAGUGAAAUCUAAAUUAGAUUUUUGUGGCCACAGGAAGCUAAUGAAUUAAGAAUUGACUUUUUCCCCUUUCCCACCAUAUAAAUAACUGAAGACCAUAUAUUAAAUACGACAUUCCCAAUCAAGUUACACAAUUUGUUACACAAUUCGUGGCCAUGCCUUUGGUACCUCGUGGCCACAACAUAUGCCUUAUUAAAAAUACCCACUAUGUCCUCAUGUUUGCUCAGAGAGUUACUGAUAUACCAUCUGUUCAUUUCUGGUCUUAAUUUUAAAAUCUUUAUAUAUACCAGCCCUGAUCUGGAAUCAGCUCUGGCCAUGACGUCAAGGCGUACAUGACUACGAAAGCAAAAAUACUAAUGAUAGAUGUGAGAAGGGUGAACAGUGCAGCUGCCUGGGUGUCUAUUCAUGUGUUAAUGACACGUUUUGUUUUCGUGCCAACAAAGCUCACUGCUACGCUGCUCAGGCCAAUAGAAGCAAAAACAACUAAAGAAAUUUAGCUGUCAGUAGAUGAUGUGUGCUGCUUGGUGGUGUAAUUAUGAAUGUCAGUAUUCAUUUCUAAUUUCACUUAGACUUGGUAUAAUUCACCUAUGUGUUAUUAUUAUUAUUAUUAUUAUUGUUGUUGUUGUUGUUAAUAAUAAUAAUAAUAAUAAUAAUAAUUUAUAAAGUGACAUGAAACCUAAGGCUAAUUAGACUGUUUGCAUCUAUGUUGCAUAAUUUUAUAAUAUUUAACAGCUACAGUAUUUUACUUUGUAAGGUUAAUCUCUUCCUGUAAAAUGUUUUUUUUUGAUUUGUGAAUAUAAACCAUCACAUGCAUUGACAGAAAGCGCUUAAAAGUUAUUCAUAUGAUGCCAAGUAAUAUUUUGCCUUAAGCCAGCAACUGUAAGACUUUUAUGUGUAGGUUUUAUGUCCUAUGCAGUGUGUCUCAUCAGUCUUAUGUAUAUUUCUCUACUCUUAAAAAGUGAAACUUCAAUGAAAUGCACCUCAUUGUGUUGAAUGUGUAAAUAUAUUUUGUAAUGUUGCUAAAUAACUAAAUAAAAGUUUGUGGUUUAUUCAUGUAUUCUGACAUAACCCUUUCUAUUUACAAGACCACUGUAUUGUAUGUGUAUUUGUGGUUAGAAACUUUUUACAGGAAAUUCAGCUAUACUUGUGGUGUUUCAGUACUCGAUUUUAGCACUUCUCAUUUUUCACUGGAAAAGUUCAUUCAAGUGCUGCUGGGGUUUAGACGGUAAAAAAAGAGAGAAAUUAAAAACUCUAUGUGAGGAGCUUGUGUGUAAACAAUAAUUACCAGAGCAGACGAAUGCUGCCUUUGAGUAAAAGAUGGAUUUUAUGGAAGAAUGAAAAAACAAACAUUUGCAAACAUGUUUGGAGUUGGCAUGACUUGUCUGAUGAGACCAAAUCUGAGUUUGGCACAAAGUGCUAAUUUUGUUGGAAACCCAACACUGUUCAUCACCCUGACAUAAUUUUCCGCCACUGUGAAGCACGGUGGUGGUAGCAUCAUGUUGUUGGAUGUUUUUCCUCAACAGGAACUGAGAUGAGUUGCAUGACAAACUUUUGGGAAUUAUGCAGCAGCACUCUCAGUGAUCUGUAGAUGAAGACUAGCAGUUAUCAAGCCUGGAACUGACUA